AGAAGGAAAAAUAGUAGAGAGGAAAUAGAGGAAAAUUGAAAGUGAAGAAGUUGGAAAAUUUCGAUUUUUCAAAAAGCUUCUUAGUAAAAGAAUUUUUAAAACCUUGACUGAAAUAGUUGGGUUUUUUCGGUUAAAAUAUUUUUCGUACUUCAUUUUUAUUUUUUGUGUGGCUGAGUUGUUGAGGUUUGAAAGCACAAAAGCUCCCAAAUUCAUUCUUUUCUUGGCUGCGCACACAAAAGGCUAACUUUCUUACUUUACUAUGGCAGACCAACAACAAUAAUAACAACAACAAGGACCACAGGCAUCCGCCGCCCCCCCCAAGUUCCCUAACCAUGCUUGUAAGAGGCGUUACAUGGAACAGCAGACCAGGGGCAUGCUUCAUGAACGGGCUUUCAUUAUGGAUCGAGUUGAAGAGCUGGCCCCGAAAUUCUACCAAACUCUACAUCGCAUUGGUUGGGGUCAGUUAGUCGAGGAGCUCGGGAAUAUCAAUUGUAACUGGGUCCGAGAGUUCUAUGCUAUGCUCCCUACUGUGGAUUGGAUUGUUUCGGAGCCGCAGAUUACCAUUCGAGAGGUUAACAUAAGGGUAGGUGCUGAGGCCAUUAAUUCUGUUCAUGGGCUGACCAAUCCUCCACAGGAUAAACUUCGGGCCAAGGACGUUAAAGGUAACGGGCCGUGGUUGGUGAGGAUGUUAGUACGAGAAUCAAAGAGGAAUAAGACUACUUGGGCUGUCUCACGUUUGGCUAUAGAGAGCAGACACUUUACUCCUAAGGCCCGAAGGUGGUUAAACUUCGUUGCCCGGCGGGUUCGCCUUUCGAGCAAUACUACUGAUGUCACUUACCCGCGGGCCCUUAUGGUGGAUUGCAUCAUAGAUGGUGUGCCCGUGACUGUAGGUAUGCAGGUGAUCGAGGAGUGGCGGGGUUUUAUAGCCAAGGAUGGCCCGAGCUUGAUGUUUCCCUGCCUGAUUACCAAUCUCUAUCGUAAUGCUGGGGUGCCCACGGAACAUGGGGACCGCUAUGUGGAGUGCGAUGUCGCUUUUGACCCUUUGAAGGUCAAGGGAUCACAGGGCAGGGGAAAAAGAAAGAGGACUGGCUCGGAUGACAGCGAGGACAGCGGUGGGCCACAGGACGGGAGUCAGUCACAGACCCUGGGUACUCUGGACCGCAUGAAGGCUGAUAUGGCUAUGGUAAGGGCGGCCAUGAUGGGGUUUGCACGACCUUCCAUAGAGGCCGGGUCGUCUAGCAGCGCUACGGGUACUGGCUAUUUUACUGCUGAGCAGAUGAAGGUUUACAUGGAGACCCAAACCAAGAUGGGAGAGGCUGUGGAUGCUUUGCAGGGAGCCUAUGGAUCUUUGGCUCAAGCCUACGUGGAUCUUUAGGAUGACUUGAACAAAGAGAAGAAAAGGAGCCGAGCUAGGGACAAGUUGUUCGUGAAGAUGUGGAAGGGCAUCAAGAGUCUUUUGAAGGCCCAAGUUCCGAAGGUGACUAUCAGAGAUGCCUCCCAUUUCUCCUUUCUUAGCGAGUCCGGACUUGGCAGCGAGGACUCUAGUGACUCGGAGGAUGGUGGCGAUGGGCUAGCCGAGAAGUGGCUUAGAGAUCCUUUCCCCUCCCCCUUUUAUCAACUUUGAUUAGCACUUGCCCUUGUAGGGAUUUGAUGUUUAGACAAUUUGCUUGCUUUUUGCUUGUCUUGGCAUGUUUGGAUAAUCCUUGUUUUUGUUGUUUUGGUGCGGGUGCCUCGGUUUAAGGGCGCUCGUAAGACAAUUGCCCUCGCUGGGCGAAUGUUUCUAUGAAUGUAUCUGUCUUGGAAAUC